AUGGAGCGAGCGGUGCUCUCCGAACAGGAGGGCUUCAACGGCGCACCCAUGGACGUUGACGGCGAGUCGCACGUUUCUGAAGACGGAGAAGAGGUACGUCGCGUGGAUUCGCCUCUGGAGGGCGCGUCUGAUCUCCAACGCGAAGCACUGCCCCUCGGAGGCGAAGUGCUCACGGAGGGUGUCGUGGGAGCUAUGCGCACGCUCGCGGAGGAAGACGGCGAAAUGGCGGCUGACUCGCACUCAGCAGCUGCCGAGCAUCCCGCUGGAUACCCCACAGAAAGCGCAGCAGCAAUGAGCCCCUUAUCGCUGCGAUGGUACGAUCGCAGAAGGCGCGAUCCAAGUGCAGCUGGAUCGGCUUCUGUGCGUUGGGGGCCCCCUCCACGGUCUGCGCUUCCGUCUCUUGAGGCUGUCGAGGCAGCGUACAAGGGGCCCCUGGGGCAAAUUGAGUUGCGCCGUUUGUUGCGAGAGGCUCUCUCGCCACCCGACAAGGCGUUGGUGCAUGCGGCGUGCCACGUCUUGAGCGCUCAGCUGGAGGAUCCUCACUUGCUCCUGACCUUGUAUUCUUGUGUCUUUUCCUUUGUAGAUCCAGCAGAAGCCUUGCGGCUGCUCUUACCCACAGUCUCGGCGUCUCCCACAGUAGAGGGGGGCUGCGCGUUUCUCGCCUCUCUCUCGUCUUUGCGGCUGAGGCAGAGCCGGUGCAGUCAAGUGUGGGAUGGCGAGCAUGUAGCCUAUCGAUGUCUGACAUGCGGCGGCAGCCAAAGCAGCUGUAUCUGCGUUGCCUGCUUUCAGGCUGGGCAUCAUGAAGGGCACAGUUAUUUUAUUUAUCGUUCGGGGUGCGGUGGAUGUUGCGACUGUGGAGAUGCGAGUGCGUGGUCUCCCAGUGGCUUUUGCGCGUUGCAUUCUGCUGGAGACUCUCGUGACGAGGAUCCCACGUUAGUUCUUCCGCAGCCCACGCAAGUGCUGUUGUUGCUCCUGUUGAGGACGGCAGCCAGACACCUCGUGGCGCUGUGUGGGGGCUGUCACUGGGAAAGUGCUCGGCAUCUGGCAGCCGAGUUGAAGGAAGUUUGCGGGAAGCAUGAGGCCAUGCGUCGUUGCUGCGGGAGAGCUUUUCUUGAGGCUCUUCAAGGCACCUUCCCCGUGGCAGCCUUCGCCGCGCGUGAACGCGACCGAGAGACUGAGACUGAGGCUUCUAUUGCUGCGGCAGGAGGUGGCGCCUUCUCUGACGCGCGUCUCUCUCUGAAAGAGAGACUCUCCGCUCCCCCCUGCUAUCCCCUCUACGAGGGUCUGAAUGGUCUCGAACGCAAAAAUCUUGUACGGGGCGUUCCUGCAGCACCGGCGUCUGCUGACGUGGGGUUCUACAAUCCGCUGGAUCCUCCUGAAGCACGGAGUGCUGAGGAGGUGAGUGAGGCUGCUGCUGCUGCUGCGAGCAUCGGUGCAGACAGUGGGGAACUACUGCUACGCGCCACAGCGGAGGAUGGGACGGCGGGCACUUUCGAAGAUCCUCAAAACUGGGAAAAAGAGGAAGAAGAGGACGGCUCCAACGCCGCAGGCUCAGAUCUCCUCGUGGUUGUUCGGCUUCCCUCGACAGAAACUGCAGCCUCCCGUCGAGAGACUUCUGCUGCCGCACGCGGUUGGACUGGGGGACGCUUCAUGGGGGGAGAGAGCGCAGCUAGAGAAGCAGCAAGAGAAAACAGAAACAACAGCAAGAGAAGCAGCAACAGCAAGAGAAGCAGCAACAGCAAGAGAAGCAGCACCAAGAGAGGGCCUUCCUUGGGAUCCCUGCCAGCUGCCUUCGUAUCAGGUCCAAGCGCUUGUGCCGUCCUUCUGCAAAAGGCACAUGAGGCUCCUCGAGAUACUCACGGAGCACUGACUACCUUGUGGCUAGCACUCAUGUUCGAUGACUGGGUUAAGGAACGCUUCGCCGUUGUCUUCAUGCAGCAAUACGAGACGCUUGUGCUGCUGGGAGACUCUGCACUUGAACGCGUGACCGUCCAAGUGCUGAGCAUUCGAUCGCUGCUGGAAAAACUCCUGAGGCUUGGCCUUUUGCUUCCGCAACUUUUUUCCUGCCGCCUCUCUCUGCAGCUUUCAGUCUCAUACCAUGGGCUGCCUCCCUAUUGCGUGGAUGUCAAGCACUCUCUGCUGCGGAGACGUGCCUACGUGAACUCGAUGAACGACAUCCGAUACCUCCUCGCGGAAAAGGAAAUGCUGGCGAAGUUUUUGUCUGAGUGCCCAUCUCACUUGCACCAGCUCUGCGGCAACGGAUUUCUCCCCCUUUUCCUCUUGAGUCAGGGAUGCAAUGCUCAUCGGCGACAGACUGAGAGGCAUGUCGAGUAUGAGGACGAGUCAGCAUGGACCCAUGCCGUCUGCCUUUCCAUUGAUCUUGGGCAGAACGCUUCUGUGCUCGCUGAACUCGCCGUGUGUCUGCACUGGCGACCUGCAGUUGCGUUCCUUAGAGCCGUCGAGAGAAAACUCUCUCAGUGGGUUCAAACUGCGCCGAUUGCAGCAGCAGCAGCAGGAGAACCUCUUCAAAGAGGAAGGCGAGACGCUCGAGCAGCCUCAGCAGCACCUCCAGCAGGCAGUAUUGACACCGCAGCAUGCAGAGGACCCUCUGCAUGCUGCGCUGUACAGCCUUUUGGGGCUUUCGGAGUCGAAGCUUCUGCAACUCACGACGCAUGCUCUCAGAGCCUUGAUUUUCUACCAUCAGCGACGCUUCUGCAAGAAUGCCUAUGUUAUCGACGGGCUUUCUACCAGUCUGUGACUUUUGAUGUGGAUAUGAGAGCAGUUCGCAUGCUUUUCUGCAGUAUACCUCCGCAGCACCUUGCCUCGAGAAGAGGCAGUCAUGGAGAGGGCGGCGUUGUAGACGAGGAGACAGGGGAGGGGAAGGGGGAGGCCUUUAAGCGCGUGUCUGCUGAAAGAGGCUUCCCCGGAUCCUGCUUCCCGCUUGCGGAUACGCUGGAGAGCAGCAGCUCCAGCAGUGGCGAAGGCUUCGUCGAGAUAUCGGAGUACAUUAGACAGCACAUGCACGGCUUCCUGCUGCUGCUGCUGCAGCUCUUGCAGCCUCGCAAUUCUCUUUUCCAGUCUGAAAGCGAGAUGCUUCGACACUUGCUGAGGCACCAACUCAUGCGGGGCCCACAGCCACACAGUACACUCCAGGAUGUCGUCUGCUGGCCAUACAAGCAACAGCAACAACAAACGCAGCUGAUUGACUCAAUCCUUGCAGAGAUAAGCAUGUACAGGGCAGCCCAUGGAAUGUCGUCUGGUCAGUUUGUUUUGUUGCCUGAUCAGUGGAAGCAUUAUGAUCCUCAUUGUGCCUUUUUCUCAUGGCCAGAGUUUCAACAGCUCGAAGAGGAGUUUCUAGCUCAGAUAAAAGCGACUCCCGAGAUCCUGCAACAGUGGCUUCCACCGGCCCCUCUUUCCCCUCCGAUACCAGAAGUCUAUCGCAUGGGCUUUUUUCGUUUUGCCCUUAGUGAUGCUGUGCGAGGCGUGGUGUUUCUGCUCCUUCUGCAGCAGCUUCUGCUGCAGCAGGAAGACGCAAGGUACCUGCAACUCACUCUCUCGCUGCUUCUGCGCCUGAUGAGUCUCGAGGCACAGGCGAGUCAACAACUGCCCCCCGAAGAGCUGCAACACCUCCGGCAGCAACAGCGGCAGCAAGACGCACUGGUGUGCUUUCUGCAGUCGCAUCCGGAUGUCGCAAGACGGCUAGCUGCGCUGAGUGUCAGCAGCAGCACGACAGACACCAGCAACUCCAGCGGCGAGCUGGCGGGAGACACGCUGCUGCUGCACGCCAUCGAAGCAGCAGAGAUGGGAUACGUGUCCAUACAGCUGGAUCACCCCGACGUGCUGAAUGUUUCGCGAUGGCAAGGAUCCUGCAUUUCCUCGUUUCUGCUGCGUUCCUACACUCUGACGCAUGCGUGGUCAGCGCUCAGUCCAGAAGAAGAGGCAGCCUUUGUCGCAGAAGCGGAGGGAAGCAGCGGCGGACGUUCCGGAAAAAGCUACUCUGCGUCGCUCUCAGCGCCUUCUAUUCGCUCCUCUGCCUCCGAGUGGUUGUACAGCAGAAUUUUUACGCGGAUCCCUUCGGAAGGCGGAGGAAGCCUAGCCGAGGCGGAGUGCGCGAAGAGCGAGAGCGAGGCUCCCAGCAGAAGCAGAAGCAGAAGCAGCAGCAGCAGUCUGCAUGCACUUUCUGUGUCGGCAGCAGGCUUUUCUGCAGAAGGGAAUGCAGAUAUUCGCGAGGCUCAAGCUGAGACAGCAGCAGAGACAGCUUACCAGCCAGACUCCUUGGGGGCUUUCAUUUUCCACGUCAUGCUCGCAGGAACGCACGGAGUGCAGACAAACUUGCUGUCUCUACAGCAGGUGGCUGCUGGCGCUGUUGCUGCUGCUCAGGCAGAUCGCGCAGCAGCUGCUGCAGGGGUCGACGACCCCACAGCCGCUGUCACUGCAGCAGCAGUUGCUGCCAUGGCGGCAGCAGGAGCGAGGAGCGCCAUCUACGGCUCCUCACAAGCCGUUGCCUCUCGCGUGCCUCCUAGAGAGCUUUCAGCCUCGCGGCGUGCCUGCAGAGCGCCCCCCGAAUUUCCGUUUGUCAUCAGAUUCAACCUGCUGCAAGUGCUCUAUGGGCUAUGCCAGAGCUCGCGCUUCAAAACACACAAGCGGCAGCUGGAGUGGGUGCUUGAGUCUGCGUCUUGUUGCCCACGGAUUGCGACUCGGCUGCGUGCUUGGAAGGCAGCCGCUGCAGGAUUGUCUGCAGCUGCAACUUCGUCUGCCAAGGGUGCAGCGGGAGGAACUGUUGCUGCAGGCAGAGCUGGCGCAGGUCUCAUCACAACAAGUGCUGCUGCCUCAGCGCAAACAGAGGGGACCCCUCCAGCUAACGAAGCCACAGGAAUGCAGCAGCAGCCUCUCUCCGAAGAGCUGUCUGAAGAUCGAGCGAACGAAUGGCGAGAGGAAGCCAGACGUCGGCAGGUGGAGGUUCUAGCGGCUUUCAAGAAGAAGCAAGAGAGCUUCCAACAAGGCCAUGCAGCAGAAUUAGCGGAGGCGUCCCACUUGGCGCAUGCAGAGAUUCCCCGUUGUGUUUCGUGUCGUCUUGAGGAUGAGGCGCUGCUGCCGCAGCACCCGCCAGCGGCAGUCGCGGCUGCUGCGUCUGCUGCAGUCAGCUGCACGGCGAGUUACUUGGUGGAGACUCACAAUCCAGUGGGGCUCAUGUGUCACGUACAGUUUUCUGCCGUAGGAUCUGCGCCUAGAGCGACGCUUCCACCUUUUUUGUGGCCGUCUCCGUGGAUAGCGAACGACUGCGCAGCUGGAAGAGAGGGCAGGGGGGAUCGCGGGAGACGCAGCAUGCACGGCAGCAGCAGCAGCCGCUGCCGGGAGUGGCUUGCUGGCAUUGCUGGGGAGAAGACGCCGAUACUGUUGAAUCCGAACGCAGAGCACCAUGGCCUUGUCUUGCGGAGUUGUGGGCAUCGCAUGCAUCUGCAGUGCUACCUCCGACACAGCAAGGCGCAGAGUCAUGCAACCUUGCUCGCAGAGCAGUCGCUGCCCUGCCCUUACUGCUGCCAGCCCGUCAAUCUGCUGCUCGUCGACUCCCUUCCUGGAUCGCUCGCGAACUUGCAGUUGAAGCGCAUCCUGCAGAGCGAAGUGUCUCCCCAAGCGGCUGAGGCAGCGGCUGUCUCCUCUGGAGCGUGGGGUUUGAGGGGAUCUCCGCCCCUCCUUCAAGCUCCUCCUGGAAGCAGCAGUGCUGCUGCUGCUGCUGCUCUCGCUGCUGAAACUAGACUCGGCUUUUCUUGGUGUCGUCUGCAGCAACAGCUGGCUGCACGCCUUUUGCAGCUCCAACGCAAGCGCCGUGCAAUCGCUCACACCCUUGGCCUCCCCCUCAAGUGCCAGCAUGCCAGCUACCCCUUCCCCGCUUCGCCCUCCACUGCCGAAUUGCUGCAUCUCUGCAGAUCUGCCAUGCGGCUUUCGCCUCUGAGCUUCCCUGCUCCCCUGCUGCUUACCAGAGACCGCGUCGUAGGCGAGGCUACUGCAGCAGCAAGAAAAGAAAGCUCCGCUAAUCUCCCCAAAAGCCCCAAACCAACACGCCAACGAAAUUUAUCACGCCGCUCUCUGUUAGGGCAUCCACUUGCUGUCAUUGCGAAGCUCUUAAGCGAUGCCGUGGAUCAUGCAGAGCUGACACUGCGUAAUCAGCAGUGGGCCUUGUUGUCAUCCUGGCGGCCUGAGGCUUUGCACGCGCUUCAUGCGGUGUACAUACACUUCAGCGAGCUGCUGCGCUCGCAUGACGUGGACAGCAGCGGCUUCACACCAAGGGACCUUUAUCAGCAUGACACGGAGCAGCUGGUGCUUUGGGGGGUGCCCUUGCUGCCCAGUCUCGUGGCUACUCGCGCAAGCAGCAAGAACGACGCUGGGAGAAGCGUGUCGGCAGCUGCUGACAGCGGCACGCGAAGCUGCAGCCCAAAAGCGAGCGACUUUCUUGCCGCCUCAGACGCAGCGCUCGAAGCAGCAGCGCAUGCAGAUGCACGGCCUCUGUUGCCGUCGGAAGGAGGCAGCACUGUCGAUUUGGCUUGGGCAGUAUCUCUGAAAAGGCUUGACACUCGCUUCUUCUUGCUGACACGCGUCCUCUUAGAUCUGCAUGCAACUGUUGCAGAGAAAGAAGCCACUGAGGGGCCUUCUGAGCUGCAGCAGGCUAUGCAUGCUGCCAAAGAGACAUCGGCGUGUGCGCGGGCUGCUGCGCGCAUGUAUUUGCAGCUUUUCUUCAUAGUUGAAUGCUUCUGCGUUGUGUGGCAGUGGUGGGAACGUCUCCCUCUCAGCGAUCGACAUCGGCUCCUUGUUGAGCGUUCGGCUGUGCCAUCGCAGCAGCAGCAGCAGCAGCAGCAGCGCGCCACCCCACGGCGGCCGCACGAGGCGUUGUGGCAGUUCCUGUCUCGGCUGGCUAAUCUUGAGCAGCAGCGCGCUGCAGCAGCAGCAGCAGCAGAAGAGGAGGAGCAGCAGCGUGUCGGCAGCAGCAACAGACACAGACAGCCGAGGGAUUCUUCGACGGAGGAUCCUGUCGUGGAGGCGAAGCGCCAGAGGCUUGGCCGUUUGCAUGCGGGAGUGCAGAGCGCCGCGGAGGGAGAGGAGGAGGAAAGUUUGCAGGCAUUUGCGACGAGUGCAGCACGUUAUGCUGCUGCUGGGGAAGCUGCAGGGAGUGCUCCUCAUAUGGCAGGAGCAGCAGCAGAUGCAGCAGCAGCAGAUGCCGCAGCAACGCGUGCAGAGAUAACUGAGGCAGCCUACGCAGCGGCUAGGGCAGCAGCCGAGGAAAGUAGAGACUCAAGCAACGACAGAGAUUCUGCCAUUGAGACCUCUGCUGCGGAUGUCUUUUGGGGUAGGUUGCAUGUCGGAGUCGUGCAGGAAGAUGAAUCGGAGGCGAGGCAGGAGCGUCAGGAGCAUUUGACAGAGCGCAGCUGUAUGCGUGAGGGGGCACUGCAAAUGGACGGUGCGUGUGAUGCUCUGGGGAAGCGAGAUGCAGCAACAGCAGAUGCAGCAGCAGCAAGGGCGGAUAAAGAGGCUGGCACUCCAUGGCUGCAGUCUUUUGCCCGCGUGCGACGGUGGGAAGGCGAAGUCGAGGCGGAGUCUUUGGCGUUGGAAGACGAUUUUAGACCCCUGAAGGAGACGCGAGAUCUCGAUGCAGCCUUCGCCGUGUGGUGUGACGACAUUCGUCUGAUCGGCAGACGGCUGCCUUUCCCGCCGAAAAGGCAGCACUUAGGAGCAGCCUUUCUAGCGAUUCGUCCCCCCUCCCCCCCUUCUUCCGCUGACGCAUGUGGAGACUGCUUCCCCAGCAACGCAGGAAGUGAUGCUGCUACUCAGAAGGCCGCUGCAGGGGAAUACUUGAAGCGUGUUGUUGCAGCGAGAAAGGGGCGCUCUGCUUCAAGACGAGCCAGCCAGCUCAUCACGGCACCGUCUCUCUCCGGUGUAUCCUCAACACGCUUGAAUGCUGUUGCACCUCCCUACCCGCUAAUGCAGGGCCUAGCAGAGCUUCCUGAAGCAGCAACAGCAUCCGCAUCUGCUACGCCGCUGCUGAACACAGCGAGAGAGGCAGACGAAGCGGCAGAAAAUUCCAGCGAAUGCGUUUUGACCGAUGAGGAACGCCGUGGAGUACUCUUGCGUGUGGUUGCCUUGGGACUGACGCCGUGGCUUCGCAAGGUUCACUUACUGCUCAAGGCGAUGCAUCCUGAUCACAAACUGCCCUUCGAAGAGGCCGAGGCAGUGAGUGCCUUUGGAGUUUCGGGAGCACCUCUGCUGCCUUCGGGAAGUCUGAAAAGCAUGUCUUCACCAGAGUCAAAAGCAACGGCGUCUGCUGCUUCAGGGGCUGGAGAGACUGGUGGCUCCACCCUCGAAGAUGUAUUGACUUCCUUAAAGCCGUUCGCGCCAGACGCCGAAUGUGAUUGCCUCCUAGAGGGACUGCCGCUUCCUCAGUCUCUCGAAGUCUUCCUGUUUGGAUCGGAGGGAGCUGAAGACGAGGAUUUGCAGCAGCAAGAGGCACAGGCGCUCGUGGAAGUCUUUAACGAGCUGCAGAUGCUUCACGCAUUAGCUGCCUUGCCGCCAUCUCUGAGCGCCCCGAGCUGUGUAUUGCCGGUGAUAGUGGCAGAGAAGGAUGUGCAUGAGCAGCUGCUGCAGCUGCUUGAGAAUUCGCUAGCCGUUGGAGGGCGUGUGGGGAGCGCCUUCCUCUCGCAUUCCCUGUAUUACCAACCGCUGACACGACGCUUUCUCCCUUCGGAUUUCCUGCAAAUGCUUGAAAUCACUGGCGCAAAGGCUGUGCUCCUGUGGCAGCGCAUCAGCAGCACAGCUGUCGACAGACCGUCGCUGGCGAUAUUUGCUCUGCAAAACUUGCCCUUCCCUGCAGUCCUUCCCAAGUCGUAUCAGCAGCUUUACAAUCACUUUCUGGAUGUGCAGAUCGCGUCGCCAGUUGUGGGGCUGCAUGCACCCCCCGUUGUUUGCAUCUGCCUGACUUGCGGAUUUCUCGUCUGCUCUGCAGAUUGUUGCGAAGAAGAAGUUGCGUGUCUUGGCAAGCAACUCACGCGAUUUGCAGGGUUGAGACGGCAUGCAUCAGUCUGCGGCUUCGGCUUGUCACUUUUCCUGCAACUUCCAGCAUCGGCAGUCUUAGUUGUUGCCGUCGAUACUGUAGGCGACAGAGCCGCCAAGUGGGGAUGCCUGCACUUAGACGAAUACGGAGAAGAAGAUUUAUUGCUGAAGCGUGGCAAGCCUUUGAGACUCUCUUCUAGCCGCUUGAAGCGACUAACCGCGGAGUGGGCAAGCCACCAACUUCGAGCACUUCGACGCCUUACGUGGGCGCGCUUGAGGGGCAUUCCCCGCAUUCGAGAUCUAACAUUCUGA